ACAGUCUGGGAGAAGCAGAAUCCUUUGGUACGUGACGACGUCUUCGGUGGCCCCGUGGACACUCAUGUGGCCUCAAAUAUUCGGCCCGGAACCUACCUGGCCGAAGGUUCACUGCAGCGAACCGGAAGCGAUACAGCUAAUACUGUUGCAGCCGGCGGCGGACCUAUCGGUCCCGGCAGUCCUACUGGCAGCGCUGGAGCCGGAUUUGGGGGCUUAGCCAUCGACAGUUUGGAGGUGAGUGGAGGCAACCGGCGUGGCAGCUUUAGGUCCAGCUUCCGACGCAACAAUCCGGCAAGCAGUACCGGAGUUGCCGGGACCACGGAUCAGGCCCAGAUGGGCUUCGAUGGGCACCCAACCGUGGGCACAACGAUGCUUCGCCAGCCACUGCCAGUUGGAGAGAACACAUUUUCGAAUGCCGCGCUGGAUAGCAGUCCAGAGUCCAAACAAUAUGGACAGGUGAGUCUUGCUCAGGCUCGAGAACUUUCUAGACCACUCAUGUAG